GGCUCCCAUGUAGGGCCCCAGAUGCCUGGAUUGAUCCAUGUUCCACAUGUGGGAAACUGAGGCAUGGAGAGAUGUACUUCCUCAGACUCUCCCAAGCAAACUAGGCUAGAGCAGGGCUGAAAACCCCGGGGUCUGGGCCCUCAGCUAUGACCCAGUCUUCUCUUGUCUGCUCCCUUGUUGCUGGUGGUGUGUUCAGGCCUUCGGAGCGUGGGGGGCAGGUGAUCAUCAGUCCCUUCAGUGGGUCCACGUUCUCUGCCUGUCCCUUUAAAUAUUGUAUCAUCAAACACUUACUAUGACAUCACCCUGUGGAAGGCACUGCUCCUUUCAUGUUACAUCAUUGUCCAGUGGGGUCCUGGCACUUUAAAUUUUACUCAUCAGACUCCACCUAUUUCUCAGGAUGACCUCAUCUUUCACUAACUUUCUGCCCCUGCAAAUGCUCUUACAGCAGGCUCCGCCCAUGGAUCUUAUUGCAUCAUCAGGCUUCACCCCUUUUCACAUAUCCUGUCCUAAGGGAUAUUUCCCUUUAAGAAAUUUACAUCAUCAGGGAACUCCAUGCUCCUCCCCUUUAAAAAAGAUGUCAUCAGAUAAGGCUCCACCCCUUUCAUUGGACUGCCUUUAGUAGGCUCCUCUAAGCUCCUCCCAUUAGUGAUGUCCUCAGGCCCUGCCCUCUUUAAGAGUAGCCAUGACCUCACUGGCCAGGCUGUGAGCUGGGGGUUGAUGAUGUCAUAGUAGCUCCUGAAGUCCUGCCCCCCUUGAAGAGUACUGCGCAUCCCCCUUCCUGAGGUGAGGUCACUGCCUUGGGUCCUGCCCCUUUAACUGUCUUCGGUUCUGCCCUGAGGUUCGGGAUUGGCUACUUCACCCCAAAACCGCCUGCUGAUUGGAUGGCGUCAGAUGGGUGGGGAUGCAGUGCUCGCCAAUGGAAGGCAGGGAGACAGGCAGGAGUUGAAGUGGAUCCAGGUCCGGGCCGGGGGGUCCCAGGAGCCUGGGGGGCCAGACCACUGCGGGGGCCCCCCACCGCCGGGUGGCGACAUGGAGAUGGGACAGAGUGCCCUCUGAGAGAAGGAAACAAACACAGGAGGUGACGCCGAUGACGUCACCACCUCGGUGCUCGACCCUGAGGGGACCCUGGUGUCCGGGGACGAGGACGAGGGUCGGGUGACCCCCCAGAGCACCUCAUCCUCGGAAACCUGGCAUUCCUCCUCCCCCGACUGGCCCCACGUGGACAGCUCUGGCUGCGGGGUUCCCUGCUCCCCUGGCUCUGUGGACCCAGGUGUCCGGGCAGGGCUGACCGAGCUCUGCACCAGGCCUGAGUGCGAGAGGAUGCGGCAGGAACUGGAGGUGCUGAGGGACCGAUACGCCAAGAUGGAGGCUCAGAAUGCUGUGCUGGCCCAGACUUGGGAGCGUUGUGAAACCACCUGGGGAGGUGGACAGCGGCUCCGUGCGACUGGAGCCCGGGCUCUAUGAAGACCCUGUGCUACCUCGGAAACAUGGGAUGCAGGAGCUGGUGCUGGGAGGGGGCUGUUCCUCUACCCCCACCCAGCUGGCCCUGGCCCGCUCCAGCGCCCGCAGCCAGACGGCCCUGGCCCGGCUCCUGCUCGACAUCUUCUUCUCCGCCAGGACAGGCGCGGAGCAACCUGUCCGGGAGAACGGGCUGCACCGCCUCAACCCCCCCGUCGUCAACGCCAUCGUGGCCUAUGCCGUGGGUCAGUCCCAGUUCCAGCCCAGCAGUGCCGCCGUCAUCAAGAACUCACUGCGCAACAAGCUGGGCUGCCUGAGAGCCCCAUCCCGCCAGCAGGGGCGCCCCGCGCCUGAGAGCCCCGUCCCACCAGCAGGGGGCGCCCCGGAGAGCCGUGGAUGGGGAGCGGUUCCCCUGGGGCUCCGGUUCCAUUUGAUCUUGUUUUCUAAUCACCAAACUCAAUACAGAAGCUUUUUUGACACCUCUGAGUCCCUGGCUCUUUAUCUGGCGCAUGACUCAGCCGCUCUUUCCACCGGCCCUUAG